AAAGAAGAAAAAAAACCCGGUUUAAGGUUCACGGGUGACCCGAGAGGAGACAUCCCCUUUGGCAAUAAAAAUAAAAAAGGUGGAGACUUUAUAACGAAAUGUCAACACCCAUCUUCUCAAUUCCUCCUCAAUUUCUUCUCUGUGCGUGUAUCUAGGGUUCUUCAUUUUAUCGAUGUCGGCGGAAACUUGUUUCGGAAGUUCAGGUGAUCAAAGCAGCAAAGGAUUGCCUACUCAUGGUGGUAGCUAUGUUCAGUAUAAUGUCUAUGGCAAUCUCUUCGAAGUUUCUAGAAAGUAUGUUCCUCCUCUUCGUCCCAUCGGUAGAGGCGCUUAUGGUAUUGUCUGUGCUGCUACAAACUCAGAGACUGGAGAGGAAGUAGCUAUCAAGAAGAUCGGUAAUGCUUUUGACAAUAUUAUCGAUGCUAAAAGAACUUUGAGAGAGAUUAAGCUUCUCAAGCAUAUGGAUCAUGAAAAUGUGAUUGCUGUCAAGGAUAUAAUAAAACCACCGCAGAGAGAGAACUUCAAUGAUGUUUACAUUGUUUAUGAGCUUAUGGACACUGAUCUCCACCAAAUUAUACGCUCUAACCAACCGUUGACUGAUGAUCAUUGUCGGUUUUUUCUGUAUCAGUUGUUGCGAGGGCUCAAAUACGUUCAUUCAGCUAAUGUAUUGCACCGAGAUUUGAAACCCAGCAAUUUGCUCCUGAAUGCAAAUUGUGAUCUAAAGCUUGGGGACUUCGGGCUUGCGAGGACCAAAUCCGAGACAGACUUCAUGACUGAAUAUGUUGUUACACGUUGGUAUCGAGCCCCAGAGCUGCUCCUUAAUUGCUCAGAAUACACAGCAGCAAUCGAUAUUUGGUCUGUCGGUUGUAUACUCGGUGAAACAAUGACACGAGAGCCGUUGUUUCCCGGUAAAGAUUAUGUUCAUCAGCUUAGACUCAUCACUGAGCUUAUAGGAUCGCCUGAUGACUCAAGCUUGGGAUUCUUAAGAAGUGACAAUGCAAGAAGAUACGUUAGACAGCUUCCGCAGUACCCGAGACAGAACUUUGCUGCUAGAUUCCCAAACAUGUCGGCUGGUGCAGUCGAUUUGCUGGAGAAAAUGCUUGUUUUUGAUCCAAGCAGACGCAUCACAGUUGAUGAGGCGUUAUGCCACCCAUAUUUGGCACCGCUGCAUGAUAUAAACGAAGAACCGGUAUGUGUGAGGCCGUUCAAUUUCGAUUUCGAGCAACCUACUUUGACAGAAGAGAACAUUAAGGAGCUUAUAUACCGUGAAACAGUCAAGUUCAAUCCUCAAGACUCAGUGUGACAGAGAUAAAUAUCCUAAAAUGGAAACUCAUCAAAACGCUUGCUUUGCUAUGCUUUUGUUAUCAAAUCUCUGAUAAGUUUGAUAAUGUCUGUAAUUUGAAUAACAUCCUAAGAAAUUGAAAAAAAGGAACAACCUUUGAGCUGUGUUUUGCGAAAAAAAUGUGAAUUUGAAUU